AUGUCUGUGUCUCUCUGCUUUUUUGCACCCCUCCCCCCUGAAUUUUACCGUGCUGCCCCCCGGCACCUAUUGGGGCCAAUAUCAGGAUAUCACCAAAUCCAAUACCCACCUGAGCGUGGCAGAGAGAUUAAUGAUGUCCUAGCCACCGGCAUCAUGUCCUUCGUCAUCCACGAGUUGUUCUACUUUGGCCGCUCUCUUCCGUGGACCUUCAUCGAUAGCUUGGGUCUCUUCAAGAGAUACAAGAUUCAAAGUAGCAAAGUACCUUCAUUACGCGAGCAAUGGGAUUGCGCCAAGUUUGUGCUUCUGAGCCACUUCACCGUCGAACUUCCUCAGAUCUGGCUUUUCCACCCAAUGGCCCAGUUCUGCGGUCUAUCAACAUCUAUUCCUUUUCCGUCCCCCUGGACUAUGACAUAUCAGAUUGCAAUAUUUUUCGUGAUGGAGGACACUUGGCACUAUUUUUUCCACCGAGCUCUUCAUUGGGGUCCACUCUACAAGGCUAUUCACAAAAUUCACCAUCAGUAUUCCGCACCAUUUGGUUUGGCCGCCGAAUAUGCUUCUCCUAUUGAAGUGAUGAUUCUCGGCUUCGGGACCGUCAGCUGCCCGAUCCUCUGGUGUGCUUUCACCGGUAACCUGCAUAUUCUCACUAUGUAUAUCUGGAUUGUGUUGCGCUUGUUCCAGGCUAUCGAUGCCCACAGUGGCUACGAGUUUCCUUGGAGUCUUCACCAUUUCUUGCCUUUCUGGGCUGGUGCUGAUCAUCACGACGUCCACCAUGAGAAAUUCAUUGGGAAUUACUCAAGCAGCUUCCGCUGGUGGGACUACCUCCUUGACACCGAAUACACUCCGGAUGCCCUGAAGCGCCGAAGAGGGAAAAAGAUGAAGGCAAAGAAGACACAAUGA